AUGCUGGAUGUGCCCGCUUUGCUAACUUUGGCUACCCUAGUACUGGUUUACGGCUGUUAUGCAGUUGGAUGGCUUUUUUGGCAUUUGUUCAAAAACAAGGGCGGAAAAUCGGUUGCUGACAGUGAGACCGUGCUUUUCUCCGGUGGUCCGAAACCUGUACGUAAUGUUGUAUUCCUGGGGAUCGCAGCGUCGCAACUAUUUACGCCAUGCAUGGCUAACGAACAAAUUAUCUGGCCCGGUUUGAACAUGGUUGUUAUGUUAAUUUCCCGGGUCGUUGCAUUCUUACUUUGCAUGUUUUAUUGGAACCAUUUGGCCGCUCUUCGCUUCAGAAAUGUGGAGGAAUACUUGCUGAAACGAUUUGAUAGCAAACUGAUACUCUUCCUAACUCUGCUGAAUCGGGUCAUGGGUUUAUAUUAUAUCUGGUAUGUAUACAUGCGUACCUAUGACCAAUUUCGAUUAUUCAACGUAAAGUCGCUUGUCUCGUUCGUGCAUAUAACGUGCGCUUUCAGCACGCUGGCCUCACUCGGUGGCAUGAAUGUUGUGCUUAUGGGAUGUGUAUUAUUAUGGUUAGUUUCAACGUCUGGGGAGAUACUUCUGAUGCACAAAACGUUUCCAUAUAUGUUCAGAAAUUCCAGUUUGCUAUCUCUAAAAGUUGAUCCAUGUUACAGUUUAUAUGGACCAAAUUGUCUCCUGAUGAUAUUUGGCCAAUUUCUCACAGUUCAACCCAUCUUCAAUGUAUUUCAAGCAGCUAAUUCAGUUUGGGAAGCCAACAUAGCCAUGUGUAUUGGUCUGUUCCUAGCGGUGAUCAAUACACUAGUUACAAUGUGCUACACCAACGGACUACUGACCUAUGCAUUAAGAGAAGGCGUGGAACCAUACAAUGCUGUUCACACUAUGUUUGGUUAUAUUUUCAAACGAGCUGAGUUGUUUGUUCCACGAUUCCCAAGUAAAUCACAAUUGGAAAAAGCGUAUGAACAAGUUUUGAUACCGUACAAACAUUUCUUUGUGUUACUUGGUCCCUAUGUGAGCAAUACAAUAGCGUUCUACUUGCUACAAAUGCAAGCGCUUUCUAUGCAUACAUAUUUACACAUUCUACCCAAUUGGCUUCGUGCUGGUCUGGUUACCGAUGGUCGUGAGUUACACAUGACCUUUACAGCUCUGUUCAUUUUGACCGCAUACUUGACUAUUGUGUUGUUAAUUUAUUCUGUCAGUGCAACAGCGACGGAACAUGCUGUUCGAUUCUACCAUUUAUUUCAACCAUUCGUGAGUGGUAUGCUCAUCAUCCCGGUCACAUGUUAUGUGGUUUUGGGCCCAAUCUGUUCGGAUCUAUGGUCCAUUCCAGCGGUGGUCGUCAGUGUGACGGCCACAUUUGCCGGGGUCAUAUUUGCUACACAAUCGGUCAAUAGUUUGCAACAAACGUGUACAGCACACUGGUUCCCAACUGUGCUGUUUUUGUUGACAUUUUUGGGAAAUCUGAUCAUGGCGGCUGUACUACGCCCUCCACGUUUUAUCACACCAAGUCUAUUGUUCAAAUAUCAUUUGAAAUUGCGCCGAAAAAACGAGAAAACACGAACUACUUCCAUUUUAAGCCUAGCAGUUGGACAACGUACAGGACGGAGCAGUUUUCGACUUGGUAUGGCAUAA